GUAUCCGGGCUGACAGGGGGCGCUGCAGUUUAUUGUGUGUGAAUCUGUUGGGGGAGAAGCAUGGAGAACAUGCUGCAGUUCAUGAAACUAGUAGGACAGCUAAAGCGCGUGCCACGCACCGGCUGGGUGUACAGGAACGUGCAGCAUCCAGAGAGCGUCUCGGAUCACAUGUACAGAAUGGCCAUGAUGGCAUUAACAGUGCAGGACACUAGUGUUAACAGAGACAGGUGCGUGAAGAUUGCUUUAGUCCACGACUUGGCUGAAAGUAUUGUGGGGGACAUUGCUCCAGCUGACAAAAUUAGCAAGGCUGAGAAACACAGACGGGAAAAGGAGGCGAUGGAUCACAUCACUGGUCUGUUGCGUGAGGAUCUGCGUAAAGAACUGUACCAGCUGUGGGAGGAGUACGAGACCCAGUCCAGUCCUGAAGCCAGACUGGUAAAGGAGUUUGAUCAACUAGAAAUGAUUCUACAAGCACACGAAUAUGAGGAGCUUGAGGGAAAACCAGGCAGACUGCAGGAAUUCUUUGACUCAACUCAAGGACGGUUUCAUCACCCAGAUGUGUUGGCGCUUGUAAAGAGUCUGAAUGAGGAGAGAGCUCAACACAUGGCCAAAGCAGAAGAAUCCAGCUCAAAGAAUAAUGGUGAUCAAAAAAGCUCAAGCUCAUCAUGACCCUUUACCUGUGAAAACUUUUUAUAACGGCUGUAUGAAAGUUAGUAUGUCCUCGUCACUGAUGAUUUGUAUUUUAAAAAAUCACCAGUGAUUAACCACAAAGAACUAAUACCAUUUCUGUAUACUGUCCUAUGCAUAUCUCUGGGCACUCCAGGUCAAUUUACUCUGAUUUGUUUUGAUUUUUUUUUUUAGUAAAAUAAGUGAACAAACCCCUAGAGGAAACUUCAAUAUGGUAAUUUUUACACAAAGUUAAGGAGCAAUUUCUUUUUAUUUAUUGAAUUAAACAGGUUAGAAAAAAAAUUUACAUAGCGUAAACUGUCUGGAAAAAAAGUAUUUUGACGACUUUUUACUAUUCAUUACUAUUUUUUCUAAACUGUGUAUUUAAAAAGAGUUUAUCCUACUUUUGUUGGAGCAACAUUUGUUUUUUCUGUGAAGACUUUCUAUUGAUUUUGGCGCAUUGCUGUGAGGAUUUGAUUGCAUUAAUUAAUUAAUCGGCAAGAUUUCUAGUUAUGUCAAAAUGUUUGCUGAUCAACUCCCCAACUAAUUCCCAGAAGUAUUAGAAGGGGCAUCAAUAUUUCAGAUUACGGCUUCUGACUGCUGUUCUCUUCUGUACACUUCAAUUUGUAUCAUCUCUUUUUUUUUUAGAAGUGGACAAGCUGAGUGUGUGAACAUUUGCACAUUUUAGUCAGUAAAGGGUGCAAAUACACUAUAACUUGUGUAAAUGCACAUUUCACAUGGUAUUUGUGUGUUAAAAUGUGCAUACAUAGGUUUUUAACUUAUUUUCCUUUUAGGAGAAAAGAAAAACUUCUGUUUCAGGAAAAAUGUCUAACAUGUUUCUGUAAGACUGUUUAUUUCCACAUGUUCUGAACAUUUCAUUUGAAUCAGGUCUUUGUAACGGUUGUUUUGAAAUGGUGUUCAAGUGUUUGAAACGUAUGUUUAAUACAAUAUAUUGGUAAUACAAUAUAAUUGUUUUGUUGUUUGUUGACCUUUAUACAGAAGAGGUAUCUACCUCAACGUUUUAUUAUUUGUUUCCAGACAAUGUGCUAAAAUGCAAGUCAUGUGUUUUUUGGUGAAUCCCACUGCUAUGUUUGGUAACUGAUGACACAUUCUUUUUUAUGUUGCCCUAGCAUUUUUUUAAUUUUUGAGUAAUUGUGCAUACCAGUUAUCUCUUUUUAAUUUAGUUUUCUUGUUUCUAGGCUUAGUUUAAACAAUUUUGAUAAAUAGCUAGUUAUUGAACUCUAACUGUACUGUAUAAACUACACGUCUGUUCAUAGAAGGUAAACAAGCGAGCAUUUCACAGUUUGUAUAAACAAAGCAAUAAAACCAUAAAUAAAUAUAAGAUUAUGUUACCACAAUCCUUCAAAUUGAA